CACUACCCUCCCACCCCCACAGCCUGUCCCCAGAGGCCAGGAGGAGUCAGGUGCAGACAGGGGGUGGAGGGUGGUACCCGAUGGCCAUGCAUACCCUCCUGGCACUCGGGCCACUCAGCUACCAUCCAGCAUCCUGAGCAGAGGGACCCAGGUCAGCGCUGUAUGGUGGCAGGAUGGGGGCACAGCCUUCCUGUCCCCUGGGCAAACGGCGGCGGCAGCAGCUUCAGGGUCAGGUGGACGGCAUGCUGAGGAACUUCCUACCCUGUUACCGCAGGCAGCUGGCUGCAGCUGUGCUCAGACACAUCUCCCAGGAGCUGGGACCCCAGGAGCCGGCUGGAUGCCAGCUGUCCCACACCAAAGUGCGUGUGCCAAGGAUGAGGCUACCUCCCAGGGCCCCUGCAGGGCACCCAGCUAAGCUGCCUCGAGUCCGGGAGCACCAAGGACCCCUGACCCUGCUUCGGGGUCACCCACCACAGUGGCAGCCCACCUUCUGUGUUCUGCGUGGAGAUGGACGUCUAGAAUGGUUCAGUCAUAAGGAGGAGUAUGAGUCUGGGGGCCGUCCGCUGGGCUCCGCGGCCCUGACCGGGUAUACACUGCUCACCUCCCAGCCUGAGUACCUCCGCCUUCUGGACGACCUCUGCCCCAGCUCCUCUGCAGAUCUGGCCCAGGAGGAACCGCUGCUGGUGCUGGAGGAGCCCGUGAGCUUCGCGCUCUUCCUCGUGCACCCCUUCCGGGCUCACCUCUGCUUCUUCGCUCGCUCUCGGGGGGCGCAGCGCGCCUGGAGGCUCGGCCUGCAGGGUGCCAUUCGUCUGAGAGCCACCGUCCUGCAGCGCAGCCGGGCGCCCGCAGCCUGCGCCUUCCUGGACGCCGUGCUGCUCUAUCGACGACGCCGGGGCUACGCUGGUGGAGACGACGCGACACUGGGCUCCGACGCAGAGGUGAGCGGUGUCCCGCAGAUCCCGGGCGCGGUCCGCGGUCCGCCCAACAACCCCACGCCUCCCCUUCAGGUGCUGAGCGCCGAGCUGAUGCGGGAGCUGUUGCCUGCGCUGCGAGCACAGACGCUCCGAGGCCUGCGCGGUGCGGGGCGCGCCCGAGCCAGGGCCUGCGCGGAGUUCCUCGACGCCGUACACGCGGCCGUCCUGGCCAGGGCGUCCUCGGGGCUGCGUGCCUUCCAGCCAGAAAAAGACGCACUGCUGGCGGCGCUGGAGAGGAUGGUGCGCACAGACCUCGAACAGAUCCUGCAGCAGCGAGCACUCGGGGCCAGGAGACUAGAAGCCGAGAUCCAGGGCGCAGUGGAGGCUUGCCUGUGCCGGAAGGUGGACCUGCACCUGCCGCAGCUUACCCUCGCUCUGCUGAGCCCUGUGGAAGCCACGCUGCAAGCUGUUCGGACCCUGCUCAUCCGGGGGAUGGACCGGCUGUGCCACUACCUUCGCAAGAACCCUUCUGGCACUCGGCUGCGCAGGGAGGUUUAUGAAUUUGGGGAGAUUCCGUGGGACCCAGAGCUGAUGCAGGCCUGCUACCGGGAGGCAGAGAGGAACCACAGCCAUCUGGCCCAGCUGGCAAAACCCUUUGGCUUCCUGGGGAUGCAGAGCCUGGUGUUUGGGGCCCAAGACCUUGCACAACAGCUCACGGCCGCUGCAGUCACCACCUUUCUGCAGCUGGCUGACCAGUGUCUCACGGCAGCUCUGGACUGCAGCCAGGCAGCUGAGCAGCUGGAGAAAGUCAAGGCCCUGGUGCUGAAGAAGCUCACCUCGGACAGUGAGACCGCACGAUGCAGGUUCACCCGGGAACGGCUGCUGGGCAUCUUCUGGCCCUUCGUAUGGAGCCGGCUUGGGACGAGUUGCAACUUGGAAGCGCCAGAGGCGGAUGGCGACAUCCUGGCUGUGGGCUGGCAGGUUCUGACCACAGAGGGUGUCUACAGGGAUGUCGUCCAGGGUCUCCUGCUGCAGAGGAUUGACAGAGAGUUGAAGAAUGUUCUUGGUGCCAGUGACAGAACCUGCUCUCUAGCUGAUGGCUCAGGAGCCCAGGGGGACUAGGAAGGAACAGGGGAGGAAGCCGAUGCUCAGACCUGAGAGAGAGACUGACUGACUCUGCAGGCCCAAUGCAGCCACUCCAUGCAAUAUGGCCUCCCAGACCAGUCCGGAGCUGUGUGUUAACCGCCCCCACACGCAUCCUGGAGGACAAUGGACAAAGACCUGGAGUGGCCUCCCUGGGCCAAGUGUAUGAAUGCUUUAGGCUUUGUAACUGUUAUGUAUCCAACAAAGCAUCAUAAAUAUUAUAUUCCUGCUAAAAUUUGUACACUCAAGUUUGAGCUAGCCUGGGCUACCAUAAUAAGACACUGUCUCUAAAAAGCAACCCCAAACCUCUGUUAAUAUGAUACAUGUAAUGCCUUUAAUUUCAUUUUUAUUUUUAUUUAUUUUUCUUAAAAAUCUGUACGUUUCCUUUUUUUUUUUUUUUGGUUUUUUUUCGAGACAGGGUUUCUCUGUGUAGCCCUGGCUGUCCUGGAACUCACUCUGUAGACCAGGCUGGCUUCGAACUCAGAGAUCCACCUGCCUCUGCCUCCCAAGUGCUGGGAUUACAGGCGUGUGCUGCCACCUCUGCCCGGCUAAUCUGUUUCUUAACACUUCUUUGAAACUUUGUUUACUUUGUGUGUGUGCACACACGCACAAGCAUGGGCCGUGGAGGUCAGAGGUCAGUUUACAGGCGUUUGCUUCUCUGUCCAUCAUGUGGGUCUUGAAGGUCAAACUCAGGCCAUUAAGCAUAGCACCUUUGCCCACUGGGCCAUCUCACUGGCCAUGCUUUUACUUUUAUCAAUUGCUUGAUUAAAAACUGCUUGAAUGAUUAAGUUAUACUUUAAAUGCCCAGGGCUUCGAGCUUAAUUGACCAGAGCUUUGCAGUGACAGGCCCUGGGACCGGCUAGAACUGCCAUCCUGUCCCUCUCCCUGCCCCCCUCAGCCCCUCCCCAGCUCUUUCUGGCGGUUUGGGGCUUUCCAGGGAGCUCCCUGAUUUUGAGGGGGGAGGUGGAGGAGGACGAGGACCCAAGCAGUCCGGCUGCUCAGCCUCACCCCCUUCCUCAGCCUCACCCCCUUUCGACCCUUCACCCAGUACCUCCCACCCAUCCCAUCCCAACCCCGCCUUAGCUGCAGCGAAAGUCGGGAGUGCAGCUCCCCAAUAAAACUCCCCGUCUUUAAUAUAAUCUAAUCUGGUUUAAAUUGA